ACUGUAUGUUUAAAUUUUUAGUAGAAAUUGAUCGCUGUAUUUAUUCGACGGGGUGUUGGAAAACCAAUGGAGUACGCUGUUGAAGUAACAGCAGAUAGACGUAAGGGUACCGUACCCGGUACGUUUGUUAUGUGGAUUUACGUGAAUGGGUCAGGCCAGGAAGAGGUCAAUCAUAGAUAGGAUCGCCGAGUUUGCAUGCAGUAAUUUUUGAUUUUCCACUGGACUUGUAGGUGACCAGCUGAUGCUAGAGUGUAUCUUCCAACGUUGAAUUGAUAUCUAUCAUCUGCAAAUAUGGAAGAUACUGCACAAAAGAUUCGGAUGAUAGAGGAAAAAUUGGCAGUUGAUGCUGAAGAGUUGACUUUUAUCAGAGAUAACUUACACAAGAGUCAGCAUAUGAGUCAGAAUAUGGUGAUGAUCCUAACAUCUUUUGAGAAUCGUCUUCGUCAGCUUGAGGAAACCAUCUUACCCGUCCACAGGGAGACGGUCACUUUGCAAAAACUACAAGAAAAUAUUGAAUGCACCCUAGUUUCAUUUGAUCAUGUUCUGAGCUACCAUGAUGCUGUUAGAGAAUUAGAAAAUGCUAUCAAGGAAGGGCCUGGAGGAAACUAUGAAAAGUAUCUCAGUCAGAUGGCACAGAUACAGGAAGCUCUUGAUUUCUUUGCCAAGAACAACCCAGAAAGUCCAGAAUUGUCCAAAGCUACUUCAAUAUUCAACACUGGUAAAGAAUUACUUCAGCAUGAAUUCAGGAAUCUACUUUCUAGACACAGUAACCCUGUUCCUCCGAUCAAGAUUUUAGAUAUUCUGGGUACAGAUGAAGAGUUGGCUCCAGAGGACGCAUCAUUCAAGCAAUUACCAGAUGAUGUCAUAGAAGAACUUUCUGAGAUUUCAAGAUGGUUGCUAAACCAAGGGCAGACUACAGAGUUCAUUGAGAUCUACCAUUCCACAAGAGCGGCCACACUGCGUAAAUCAAUGGAGGGACUCAAAGAUCACCUUAAUAAUAAAUCUGGAGGGACAGGUCCUGGUGGGCCAUACUCCCCUCUAGUGGUUGGUGGUAAAUUGCAUAGAGGAAAGGAGCAACCUCUAAAGAGAACUUCUCAUCUUCUAAGAUCGGGAGGAAAGGGAAAAGUCUCCUCCAGUAUGUUUGGCCAUAGACGAACAGGAUCUAAUGUAUCAGAGAACACCUCAACCAAAGAUGAACAGUUGGACCCAGAGACGGCCUGCUAUCUCUUCUGUGUAUCAAGUCUUAUUAAACUCAUGCAGAGUGAAUCUCAGCUAAUGGCAAACAUCAUACCUGAUGAACACCAGAAGAAAACCUUUGAUAGGGUCAUUGAGAAACCUCUUGAUACUAUUCUACAUGAUGGAGAGCAAAUCAUCAGUGCAGCAAAGAGGGCUAUAGCUAAGCACGAAUACUCUGCCAUCCUAGGUAUAUUCCCUGUGCUGAAACACCUAUUAGCCGUCAAACCAGACUUUGAUGAAGCUUUACAGGGCACGGCACCAAGUACGCGUAGUAAACUACCUAGUCUCAUCUCCAGUCUGGAAUCGACAGGAUCAAAGGCUCUGGAAGAAUUCUUUGAUAUCAUAAAGAAUGAUCCUGAUAAAUCCAAUAUGCCAAAGGAUGGUACUGUCCAUGGUUUAACUAGCAAUGCACUUAUUUUCCUGGAUAAUCUAUUGGAUUUUGUAGAAACAGCUGCUGCUAUGCUUGCCACACAAAAAGACCCCACCCUGCAGAUGCGUAGUGCUGAUCCUAAAGCAAAACAAAGAAGAGUUGCAACCUAUGUUGGUAAAGUUCUUGGAGCUCUUAGUUUGAACCUAGAUCAGAAGGCUAAGACCUAUUCAGACCAGUAUCUUGGUGCUAUCUUUCUUCUCAACAACUAUCAUUACAUCCUGAAAUCACUUCAGAGGAGUGGUUUGGUGAAGUUAGUGGUAUUGAGUAAUCCUGAUAUUGAAUCUCACUAUGAAGACAUUAUCAAGGAACAGAAGAGAGAAUACUCCAGAAGUUGGAACAAGGUCCUAGCCUACAUCCUAGAAGUCAACAAACCAGUGGGUACCCAGCGAUUAGCACAGGAUGCAAGCAAACUCAAAGACAAGGAAAGACAACAAAUCAAGGAUAAAUUCAAGGGGUUUAACACUGAGCUUGAAGACCUGCACCGGAUCCAACGAGUCUAUUCGAUCCCAGACGUAACACUAAGAGAUGCUGUGAGGAGAGAUAAUAGAGACUUCAUUGUCCCUCAAUACUCCCAGUUCAGAGACAGGUAUUUCAACACAAACUUCACCAAGAACCCUGAGAAGUACAUCAAGUACACACCGGACAAUGUUAAAGAGCUUCUUGAUAAAUUCUUUGACCUAUGAGCACUGUAUCCCUGUUUUCUAGUUGGUCACACUCCAAAUUGUAAUGAAGUAGUAUGCAGCAAAUCAUUGUAAUUGAUUUGUUAAUUCAGCUUACUUCAUUUAACUACAUGUGAAAUUAAACUUGUUCAUUCAAGGUGUUUAGCCAAGCUCUAUAUAAAGUUACGCAUUAAUUAAUGUACAGCUGAUACAUGAAAUGCGAUAAUGUCAUGAAUUAUACUUUGGCUUGAAAAUGGAAUUGAACAGUUAGAAAAAUGGUCAACCAACUACCUUUUUAUAUUUUAACCUCUGCUAAUUGAUUCUAUACAUGUCACAAUACAUCUGCGGCCAUGGGUGUCGAUCACGGGGGGAUGGGGGGGAUAUAUCCCCCCCAAUAUUUCAAGUGGGGGGGAUGGCCUGUAUUAUCAUCCCCCCCAAUAAUUUAGGGUAGAAAAAUUAUAAUAAUGAUGAUGAAAAAAUGAAAAGUUUGAUCAUGAUGAUUAUAGUGAUGAUUAUAGUAUGCCAUCAAUCAGUUUGUUUCCCUCGCAAUUUGUGUAUAUUGUUAUUCAAUGAAAACAUUCUUUUUCAGGACUAUUAAACAGAUGGGUGGAAGUUCAAGAUGAAAAAGUAUGUAUAUGAUAUUUUUUAACACAUGACAUAAAAGGACCCCAACGAAAAACAACUUUUGUUGAUAGGGUGUUCCAUCCCACCAGUUGUGAAAGAAUUAAUUUUGAUAAAUCAAUUAAUUCAAAAGGGUGGAAAAACAAACGGGAGUAAAAGGGUGGCAAGAUAAAUCGUCUAAGGAAUGACCAUAUAGCUAUUAGAGUAAUAGCCCCACCAAUUAAAAUAUUUGGGGGGAACAUAUCGUUUUGCCCCCCUCCCAAUAAUUCCGCAUGUGCAACUAAAAAUAAAAUAAGAUUGUAAUGCUACACUGAAACCAGCAAGCGAGAUUAAGAUACCAACUCGAUUUUGAUCUAAAAUCGUGCUCAAAAUGUCUGCUUUUCAGAUCGGAAUAUAAAAUUUUUCAGCUCGCGCUUCGCGCUCGCAUCAUUUCUGUACCAAAACCCCAUACUUUUCAUGAUUAAAUAGGUGAAUAGAAUGUCCCGUUUUCAGUUCUAUACCUCAAAAGAACUCCCGCUUCGAUUUGCAAUAAUCUUUUGUUGGAUAUAUAUCUUGUUCUUUAUUUAAAGCGUCCAUUAAAUUGUCUUUUUGUCCAGAUCGAAAUAUUAAAAUUUUCAGCUGACGCUUUGCGCUCGCAUCUAUUGUUCUUCUAGAUACCCAUCUUAAUCAUUGGUACCAAAAGUGCUUAGAAUAUCAAGUUUUCACAUCAGAAUAAAAAGAAAUUUUUGCUCGCUCUCUAGUGAGAUCCAUGUAUCUAUGCUCCUCAUGAGUUACUACAAGCAAACCUAAACAGGUACAUUUUUCCUGUUUUCAUGUCAUACU